GACCGUCAAGAAGACUAGUUAGCCAUGGGUCGGGUUAUUAGGGCACAGAGACGCUCGCACGCGAUCUUCAAAUCGCACACCCACCACAACAAAAACCCUGCCCGACUCCGCAACCUCGACUUUGCCGAGCGAAAUGGCUACAUUCGCGGUGUUGUGAAGGAGAUCAUCCACGACGCUGGCCGUGGUGCUCCCCUCGCCGUCGUCGUCUUCCGGGACCCCUACCGCUACAAGCUCCGAAAAGAGACUUUCAUCGCCACUGAGGGCCUCCACACCGGCGCCUUCGUCUACUGCGGCAAGAAGGCCACCCUCAACGUCGGAAACGUCCUCCCCAUCUCCCAGUGCCCUGAGGGUACCAUCGUCUGCAACAUCGAGGAGAAGGUUGGCGACCGAGGCGCUCUCGCCCGCACCUCUGGAAACUACGCUACCGUCAUCGGCCACAACCCCGAGGACAACAAGACCCGUAUCCGUCUCCCCUCUGGUGCCAAGAAGACCGUUUCCGGCCAUGCUCGUGCUACCAUCGGUAUCGUCGCUGGUGGUGGACGUAUCGACAAGCCUUUGCUCAAGGCCGGCCGUGCUUACCACAAAUACAAGGCCAAGCGCUACAACUGGCCUCGCACUCGUGGUGUUGCUAUGAACCCCGUUGACCAUCCUCACGGUGGUGGUAACCACCAGCACAUCGGAAAGGCCUCCACCAUGGCCCGCUCCUCCGUCCCCGGUCAAAAAGUCGGUCUCAUCGCUGCCCGCAGAACUGGUCUGCUGCGCGGUACCGUCAAGGUCAAGGAAGUGUAAAUCACAUAAAACACAAUCCACGAUUUUCUUCUUCCUUGCAUCCAGCUUUUUGUUGUGCCGUACUGGUACAUACUCAUUCGACGUGUAUUGGUAUACUGCAUACACUAUGGGCACGAUUUUUUCCCUCGACCGCAUGUUACGAGACCCACACGCAUCCAUUAAACAAAUUUGUGUUUUGUAUGGCCCUUUUCUAUGAACAUAUGCACCCAUGGCAAUUCCUUUCC